UUAAUAUAACUCAAUACUAAAAAUAAAAUAAAAAAGAUCAAAACAAAAAUUGAGAGAACGGAAAAAAUAAGAGAAAAACCAAAACGCAACGAUUUUUUUUCUCCGAAAUUCUUACCAAUUCGAGAUUAAGGGGGAAAAGCCAUGGAAGAGAUGUCGGGUUUAGCAACAGCAAUAAACUCUUCCAACAUAGGAUUUCAGCUAUUGAAGAAGCAUGGGUGGAAAGAAGGGACUGGUCUUGGAGUCUCUGAGCAGGGUAGGUUAGAACCUGUGGAGACUCAUGUAAAGAAUAAUAAACGAGGUUUGGGAGCAGAUAAAGCGAAGAAAAAGGUUGUCAAAGCAAAACCUGAUCAAAGCGAUUCCUCUAAAGGGAACAAUCAGCAGGAUCAUUUACCUCAAAAGAAAAGCAAAACACUUUCUAAACGGAUGAGAAAGAUGCAGGAAUUUGAAAAGAAGAUGCGAGAGAAGGAAUUUGAGCGUGCUUUCUUCAGAGAGUUCUGGCCAGAAAAUGUGUAAACGAGAAUCAAAUGAUCCAUAUUGUGUCAGCAUUUCCUCUUGCAUUACUUUCGUAGUACUGGUGAUGAUUUCAGAAAUUGUGCAAGGUGGAUCUUCAGGGAUAUAGGAAAUUGUGAAAGGCGUUUUGCAAACAGAAGGAAUUCGAACACCUUUAUGUGCAAAUUUUCUUCACCUACUAUUUCGUUUAGUGGGGGAAAACCUCGUUAACCUGGGUUCCCUAAACAAUAUAUUAUUUUUGGGCACCUUGGUAGAAAUACUGUAGCUCUGCCGUACACAUGUAAAGCCAUGAACAUUUUUUUAAGGAAGUGUCCAAUUUGUUCCUGAAAAAAGCACUCAAGCUUAU